CCCUCUUGCUGAUCCUUCUCUGCGCCCCAGGACUGGCCCUGCCUCUUGCCUGUAAACCUGCCAUCUACCCCCAGCCUCCACUCCUGUUGGGAUUGGAUUGCUGACGCUUCUGUUGGAGGCCCUGGGCAGGUCGGGUCUGUCCUGGUUCCUCAGUCCGGUUCCCCCUCCCCAUAGUUCUUAUCCCCCCCCCCACCGCAGGCCCGCGCCACCCCCAGCUGCCACUGGGCAUGCCCGGUGUGUCUCUAUAAAGCAGCCUUCUGACGCUCGCCAGCAGAGCCGCCCGCCUGUCACCCGCUGAGCCGCUGCGCUGCGUGCCGCUGACCCGCCAGUCUCAGCCUCUCCACUUGUUCUGUACCAUGCUCUCCGAUGAUGCGCUGGGUCAUGAGUGGGACUACCAUCUGGGCCCCAAGGACCCAGAGGAAGAGGAGGGCCCAUGGGGAGGGGGCCUUGGCUUGCCUCCCCCAGGCUGCUUCCCUGGCUCCUGGUACCAGGACGUGGGCCUGGACUGUAAGGGCGCCCCUGAGGGGGCCGAGGCUCGGGCCUGGACUGUCUACUACUAUGGCCUCCUGCAGAGCUGCCUGCAGCAAGCCGGCCUGCCUGAGACCCAGGAUCGCAGCCCGGCUCCGCGCACAGGCUGCCCUGGGGCGGAGGUGACCUUGUGCAUUCUGGGUGCCCCGAGCACCUACCUGUCGGUGCUGCUGGAGGGCGGGCUCCAGAGCCCGGGAAACAUGCUCCUUUGUCUGUCUCCGGCUUGGCUGGCGAAGGUGCCAGCUCCUGGGCGGCCGGGCGAGUCGGCCUUGCUGGUCUCCAAGGCCGUGAGCUUCCACCCGGGAGGCCUGACCUUCCUGGAUGAGUUUGUCCCUCCACGCCGCGCCACCUACUUCCUGGCAGGCCUGGGGCUGGGGCCCGGCCGGGGCCGAGAGGCAGCAGAGCUGGCCCGAGACCUGACCUGCCCCACCGGCUCCUCUGCUGAGCUGGCCCGGCUGCUGGAGGACCGGCUGCUGGCGAGGCGACUGCUGGCCCAGCAGGGCUGCGUACCCGUGCCAGCCACCCUGGCCUUCACCUACAAGCCGCUGGGCCUGCUGCAGGGAGGGGAGGCCAGCCCGGGGCUCCGGCUGGUGGAGCUGAGCGGCAAAGAGGGCCAGGAAGCUCUGGUGCGGGAGGAAGUCAGGGCCUUUCUGUGCUCCGAGGCCCUGGGCGAUGCCCUGCAGGUGGCUGUGAAGCUCAGUGGUUGGCGCUGGCGGGGACGACAGCACCUGCGUCUGCACCCUCGGGCGGAUCCGGGAAUGGUGGCAGACACCGUGCUGGCCCUGCUGGAGAGACUAGAGGAGGAGGAGGCGGUGCUGGUGGAGGCCAUGUGUCUGCCAGCUCGCCUGCCUUGCCCUGGCAGCCCCCCACCUGGCCCCGAGUUGGCCAUGCGUCUCUGCGCCUUAGUGUGUCGCACCCAGGGUGACAGGCCCCUGCUGAGCAAGGUGGUGUGCAGCGUGGGGCGCAGCGACCGGCCCCUGCGGCACCAGAGCUCCCUGCCCAGGUCGCUGGAGGUGGCGUUGGCCCAGUGCGGCCUGGAGGAGGCGGCGCAGGUGGCCACAGUGCGGCGGCGCGUCAAGGAAGCGGCGGAGGCUGCCCUGGCGGCCGUGCUGGCCCUGGAGGCCGGUCUGAGCGCUGAGCAGCGCGGCGGGCGCCAGGUGCGCACGGACAUCCUUGGCGUGGACUUCGCGCUGACCGCGGUCGGCCGCUCGCUCACCCCCGUGGCCCUGGAGCUGAACGGCGGGCUGUGCCUGGAGGCUUGCGGCGCGCUCGAGGGGCUGUGGGCGGCGCGGCGCCCGGGCCCAGCGGCCGAGGACGGGGCGGCGGCCCCGCUCGUGGAGACCAUGCUUCGGCGCUCGGCGCGCAGCCUCGUGGAGGGCAAGCGGCUGCUGGUGGUCGGCGCGGGCGGCGUGAGCAAGAAGUUCGUGUGGGAGGCGGCGCACGACUACGGGCUCAAGCACACGGAGAGGGCCAACCUGGCGUCAUGUCUCCCCCCACUCCACCCCUCACCAUUCCUGCAGCUGCACCUGGUGGAGUCAGACCCCAACCACUUCGCGUCACAGCUGGUGGAAACCUUCAUCCACUUUGAUGUGACAGAGCAUCGGAGGGACGAGGAGAACGCCCGGCUGCUGGCGGAGCUGGUGCGGGCCCGCGGUCUGCAGCUCGACGGCUGCUUCUCCUACUGGGACGACUGCCUGGUGCUCACGGCCUUGCUCUGCCAGGAGCUGGGGCUGCCCUGCAGCCCCCCGGCCGCCAUGCGCCUAGCCAAGCAGAAGAGCCGCACGCAGCUGCACCUGCUACGCCGCCUCGGCCCUCCCUGGCCCGCGCCCUCCCUGCACGCCGUGCCCUGCUGCCCGCUGGCAAGCGAGGCCGAUGUGGAGCGAGCCGUCCACCAGGUGCCCCUGCCGGGUGUCAUGAAGCUGGAGUUCGGGGCAGGGGCGGUGGGCGUGCGCCUGGUGGAGGACGCACCCCAGUGUCACGAGCAUUUUGCCCGCAUUGCCCGAGACCUGCAGGGUGAGGCCGACCACCCGGGCAUCGGGCUGGGCUGGGGCAACUCCAUGCUGCUCAUGGAGUUCGUGGAGGGCACCGAGCACGAUGUGGACGUGGUGCUGUUUGGGGGGCAGCUGCUGGCCGCCUUUGUCUCCGACAAUGGCCCCACCAGGCUGCCCGGCUUCACUGAGACGGCCGCCUGCAUGCCCACGGGGCUGGUGCCCGAGCAGGAGGCACAGCUGGUGCAGGCCGCCUUCCGCUGCUGCCUGGGCUGCGGGCUGCUGGAUGGGGUCUUCAACGUGGAGCUUAAGCUGACGGGGGCGGGGCCGAGGCUCCUCGAGAUCAACCCCCGCAUGGGCGGCUUCUACCUGCGCGACUGGAUCCAGGAGCUCUAUGGAGUGGAUCUGCUGCUGGCCGCAGCCAUGGUGGCGUGUGGCCUGCGGCCCGCCCUCCCGGCCCACCCCCGCGCCCGCGGCCACCUGGUGGGGGUCAUGUGCCUGGUGUCCCAGCACCUGCAGGCACUGAGAUCCACCGCCAGCCGCGAGGCCCUGCAGGCUUUGCAUGACCGCGGGCUGCUGCGCCUCAACCUGCUGGAGGAGGAGCUGGUCCCGGGCGAGUACGAGGAGCCCUACUGCAGCGUGGCCUGCAUGGGGCCCAGCCCGGCCGAGGCCCGUCUCCGCCUGCUGGGCCUCUGUCAGGGACUGGGCAUUGACGGGCCCCACUACCCUGUCGCCCACUUCCUGUCCCACUUCAAAUAGCACUGGGGUUUGGGGGGCGGGGCACGGUGCAGGAAGGGGCCUGCCCUGGGCUCCCCAGCAUUCUCCCUGCCUCUCUCCCCACAGCCCUGCCCUGCCCCAACUCCUGGUACUGUCCAGAGCGUGGCUUCUAAUCCAGGUGGCAGGUUCCACCGAGCUGUGGCCUCUUGGGCUUGCAGGCCACAGAACAGAGAUCCUGGGUGGGACAGGGCAGCUGGGUCCUCUUGGCAUCCUGAGGGUCCCUGUAACUCCCCAGGCAGGACGCUAGCCAAGGCAAUGGAAGUGGACCCCAACCCCAGCCCAUUCUCCCCACCCUCCCUGAUCUCCUUCCUGCCAUCUAUGGAGAGAGAGAACCCGACUGGCCUUGGACAACCCCCAGCACAACCUAAGAUGCCCUCCUCCACCUCCUUUAACACAAUCCCAGAAUAGUUCUAGAACCUGCUGACGGCUUCUAGCAGUAGUCCCAGCUCUGGUGAGCGGCAGGUGACCCGGGGUCAGCAGUAGAUCAACUCUGCACCAGCACUGCUGUGCAUUCCACGCAUGAGAAAACAAGGCCCGCUAGGAACACCUGGGGUCUGGUUUUAUUAAGCUUUAUCAAGUCUCACGAGUACCUUUAGCUCCUAGGCCCUGUCACCUCCCCAUCUUGAUUCAUAUGUGGCCCUGAGCUAUGUGACGCCCCCCCCCCCCAUCUUACUCACCUUCUCCUCCCAGCCUUGUCUUUGGUGCUCCUUACUCCCCUCCCAAUCCAGGGAGGCUGCUUUGAGGACUCUGCCCCUGCAAGCAUGCCCCUAAAUAAAGGCUUAUGGACUAGUGAAA